CCUUUAGUUAGCUCGCACAUCAAACCAACAGCCAGACAGAACUCUCACUGCACAGACAGAGGACCAUGAAGCUUCUUCUUUUAAUGUGUCUCCUGCUCUACGGCAUCAUACAAACAGCUCAAAGCGAGACUCUACAUGUGAGUCAGACAGAGGGCUCCCGCGCCACCCUUUACUGUGGAAACCUAACUAACGGUAAAGUGACCUGGAGCAGAGACACCAACGGACAGAGAGUGGACAUUCUGACCACUCAUAAUGGAGAGACGACCAAACACAUCGCUGAUCCAGACAGACGGUACAGCUCAGGGGCAAAUCUAGUCCUGACUAUAUUCAGAGUCUCUCAGUCAGACGCUGGUAGAUACUACUGCAGUGGAGCUACAGUGGAGCUCACUGUGACUGAAGACAUUCUAAAUGUGAAUCAGAAAGAGGGAAACAUCACCACCCUUUACUGUGGAAAACUAACUAAAGCCCCAGUGACCUGGAGCAGAGACAUCAACGGACAGAGAGUGGACAUUCUGACUAUUCAUAUUGGAGAGACGACCAAACACAUCGCUGAUCCAGACAGACGUUACAGCUCAGGAGCAAAUCUACAACUGAUUAUAUACAGAGUCUCUCAGUCAGACGCUGGUAGAUACUACUGCAACACAACUACAGUGGAGCUCACUGUGACAUCAGGAACCAGAACAAACAGCAUAACCACAUCCACAACUGCUGCAGGAGCUGCAACAACUACAACCACAUCCACAACUGCUACAGGAGCUGAAACGACUACAACCACAACCACAACUGCUGCAGGAGCUGCAACCACUACAACCACAACCACAACUGCUACAGGAGCUGCAACGACUACAACCACAACCACAACUGCUGCAGGAGCUGCAACGACUACAACCACAACUGCUGCAGAAGCUGCAACAACUACUAAAGGUCCAUCUGGAGGAACAACUCAAGGUUAA